AUGACUUACGGAAACCGGCUCGAUACUCUCAACCAUCACCUACUUGACUGGAACAUGCGCAAGAUUCGCCGUAUGGGUCCUGAUCUCCAUCAACGACUUAUGAAAGCACGAAAUCAAGUACGGCUGCAUUCAUCCAACUAUGACAAGUUUGCAGAUGCAUUAGAUCCGCUAUAUAGUUCUAACUAUCUAGAGGCAUGGGUUGAUCUUGAAGAGAACUAUAUUCCCUCCGUUGGCCAACAAAGCGUCUACAAGGCGGCUGCUGGAAAAGAGGCAACCAGAGAAGACAUUAUUGCGACCAUCACUCACAGUGAGAUGGGGGACAGUGCCCAGCCACCACUGCCAAACUUGUCUAUCCAUGUUCUGUGGAUGAACAAAGGACUAGAUAUUCAGCGGGAACAGCGGCGAUUACAACUGCGAAGCCAAAAGAUCAACAGUGGGGCCAUGGAAAUAGAUCACGACAGGUUGCGGAAUUCACGCCAAGCUCUCUGGAUGCGAAUAAAUGCAUGGCGCACACAGGCUCCCGAAGAGGUCCCACAGGUUGACGAAGAAGCUGACUUCGCCCAUUGCGACAGCAAUCCGGAGGAUGAAGAACUCAUUCUUCCGUCUUCACUCGAAAUAGAGUGCAGACCCAAGGAUUUCACAAGCGUAGAGAUCGAGCUUCGAAAAGGACAGGCCAACCAAUCCCUCCAAACUCUUCGGCGGCUACUCUCCCAACAGCUCGUCCUGCGUCGAGAGCUGUCCAGAUUGGACGAUGCGUCGCUGGUGGCAGUGGUCCCUCACUUGAUUAAUCUACGACCGUUGUGGGUUAAUCAGACGUUGUCUAUUAGGUAG